CCCGCUUCUUGAUACCCCCUUAGUUGACACGGAAGAAGCUUGUUUCCAGUCACUACCUCUUAUACUUCCAAAUUUGACGAGAUACAAUUCAGGGGGAAUAUCUUUAGCCUCGCGGUUUAUUAAAUACAUGCAGGUCUCUCAUCUAAUACUAGCCAUACCAAAAUUUAUCUUCUUAUUCUUAACCCUUGCCGAUCUUGAUUUCUUUACAACCUCAGUUCUAUGUACAGUGACAGACAUUAAGCAAAAUAAGUACAACUUCUUUUCAAAUAAAUUCAACUAAGGUUAGUCGCGAUUUAUUAUGGCAACCCUAAUCAUCGGCGCCGGAUGUUUCGGGGCAUCGACGGCAAAAUUCCUAAAGGAGACGGACCCUAACACCGACGUGAUCUUACUGGACCAGGCGCCGUUCCCGGACCCGGCUGCGGCUGCGCACGAUUUUAACAAGAUCAUAAGGGCGGAAUAUGAUGACCCGAUGUACAUGAAGCUGGCACUCGAAGCCAAGGAGGCGUGGUCUCAGGCAGAUCCCGUCGUCACGCCCUUCUUCCAUCGGACAGGGGCGCUCUGGUCUAUCACAGCCGCCAGGACUAAGACGCUCGUGGAUAACUAUGAGGCCCUACUAGGCCCCGGAAUGGCACCGCUGAAAAUCUUAAGCUUGGAUGAGACGCGUGUCCGCUUCCCGCUCCUCGAGAGCUGCCGCUUUGAGGGCGGGGCCGAGCAGUGUAUACUAAGUCCGGAAGCCGGAUGGGCCGACGCAGCUGGGGCAUUACAAGCCGUUAUUAAAGCCGCUGUUAAUAGGGGUGUCCGGUACGAAGUCGGCACCGCAGCGAAGCUGGAGUUCGACUCGGAUGGUACAUGCACUGGCGUCUCAACGACAGAUGGCAGAUCAUUCCCCGCCCGACGUAUCGUUUUGUCCUCAGGCGCUUACACGCCAUGGCUCCUCGCAGAGAGUGCCCCUGAAAAUCCAGACCUCCACGCCGGAGACCGAAUGAAAGCAGCAGCCGUAUUGAUGUGCUUGUUCAAGGUCCCGCGCGGCGACACCGGACUGGACAUGUUUAAAGACGCACCAGUUCUCGUUCACCCCUACGGAGACUUUCCCGCCGAGUGUAUACCGCCUGGAAGUGUCGGUGGCCCCGAUUUGGCGAAGUGUACGCACGAAUUCCCAUACACCCGCAAUGCCUACAACAAAGCGUCGAAGCAGGAGAUCUCAGUUCCACCGCUCUCAAAAAGCGGCCGUAUGACGUGGACACGAGACCUCCCAGACGCGCUGAAGGCGAAUUCGGCAAAUGUCCGAGAUAUGUUCUUCGGGAACUCGGUGCAGGGUAUGACUCCUGAGUCGUAUCGACUUUGCUGGGACAUCGCUACGCCAGACGAAGAUUGGAUCAUUUCACCACAUCCGGCGUCAGAGAACUUGUAUAUCGCAGCCGGCGGUUCUUUUCAUGGCUACAAAUUCCUCCCCGUCAUUGGAAAGUACGUAGUUCAAAUGCUGAACGGAGAGCUGUCCGAGGAGCAUGCCCGACGGUGGGCCUGGGAUCGAGAUUUCAUUCCAAUCGUAACUCCGUAUACCCCUCGUGGUGAUUUACGAGAUGUACCUGGUUAUUACGAGUAACGCUGCCAAGCGCACGUGAGAACAUGACAAUAUAACUGGCACCGAGCCCGGGACGACGAAGAUGUCCAAGUACAUACGAAAAACAAUAAAAGUUUCAACAUGUCCAGCUACAGCUUGCAGUAAUGAUAAGGAUGUGCUAUGCCUCUUUCCAGGUUCGAGACUUUAGUAGUAGUUAGUGACUACCUAUGCUUUUGACUGAAAUAUUAAAGAAAAUAACAUAAUCCGUCAUCCAUCAAGCAAAGCAGCUCCUAUAGUCUAGUGGUUAGGACGUCGGAUUCUGAUUCCGAAAACAUUGGUUCAAUUCCAGUUAGGAGCUUAAACAUGAACCAAGUUCAUUUUUUUCUCUUUGACCCGCUUGGAUGAAAAUUUUUUGUGUCACAUCUCAUAUAUACUGAGGGCAUCGUGGUCUGAGUGGAGUUGGUUUAUGCUAGCUUCAGAUUCCUAGACUAUGACGGCCCACUAGAAUAUAAUAAAUAUACCGAAGCAAAGUGGAUAUUGUAUUAAUAAUUCUUAUG